CUGGAGGCGUCGCAUCUCGUGACUCCCUUUUCUUACAAAGGUACAUUAUCUCCUUUACAGACCGAUUCACCUCCUUUGGUUCCUUCAAGAUUCCGGCAGAAUGAUGUUGAAAGCAGAGGCAAUGUGGCGUUAUGCUUCCUGCAGAGAGCACCGAGUUCUACUAAAUUUCUGGUCUUAAUGAGGCGUUCAUUUGUGGCCAUGACUUCAUGCCAAUACUCCAUUCUUCUCAGGAUUGCGGCACUUCCAACUUUGAUGCUUUUUACGGCACUAUUCAGCACAAAUCUUCUGACGGGCUCAUGGAUCUCUCCUUAUGAAUCAUCUAGAAUUCUUGAGAUUUCCCUCCUUGUCGUUUAUGGUACGAGUUCCUUUCUAGCUCUCAUCUGCUAUGAAGGCUUGCUAACUCUCAGUGUUGUCGAAAAUCACAGCGGUCUCUAUAAUAAAACGCUGUCUUUCAUGGCAUAUGUUUUCAUGGUAAUGGGUAUCGACGCCAUGUCUUCGUUCCUGUCGGCCGCUAUUCUUUUAUGCAUGUCAAAUAUCGCAUGGCCAACGACAAUUCUACGAACAGCUAUUGUGUUUUUAUGCGUAUUUCUUAGUGCGCACUUUAUAACAAUGACGGCAAUGCUCUACAUCCGUGGAAGUCUCAUAUGUGCAACGCUUUCCCUGUUCGUCCUCGUUCUUUGCCUACUCUUCGGCGGUGGACUCCUACGGUACUGA